AUCUGAAGAAACGUCAUUAAUAUUUAUUAUACGUCAUUUUUACAUUCACUUACAUUGUUAAGGUAAACUUUGAAACUGAAUUUAGUGAGAGUGAGACUUGACUUGUUACGAGAUUAGUUUAGUUUUAUAAUCAUUUUAUAUAUUCUUAAAUAUGAACUAGAGGUGUAUAAUGUUACAGACAGCAAAUGCUAUAAAAAACUGGUGUUGUGUAGUGAUGUGAAAGUUAGCAGUACCAUUUAAAUAAUCUCAACAAUCUACAAUGUCUUUUUCAAAACCCUUUGAGGAAAACAAUUUGCAAAAUUCUUCACAUGCUGUGAGGAAUUCGGUUACUCUCCCAAUAGUAGCUGGUGGUAGAAACGCCCCUUUAUUACCUCCUAGGCCAUCCAACUCAAUCAUAGGAAAUACUGGAUAUAAUACUUUCAACUCAUAUUUACCAUAUUCUGGUUCGUCAUAUGGAGGCUACAAUUCGUAUAAUUCCUACAUGCCAUAUCGCAGCUCUCCCUACAGUUCCUAUGGAAGUUAUGGCUCAUACGGUUCUUCGUACGACCCUUAUAACUCCUAUGGAUCUUAUCCCAAUCAGGCCUUAGACGAUCACGAACGACGGUUUAUUCAGUACGCCGAGGAAAGCUCGAGAAAUACUUUUUCUAGUGUGGAAAGCAUUGUAAGAGCCUUUAAUAGCAUAGCUAUGAUGUUAGACAAUACGUUUUUCGCUAUGACUAGCAGUUUUAGAGCUGUCUUAAGCGUUGCCGAGAACUUCGGACGACUAAGGACUAUGUUUGGUCAUAUCUGGUAUUCGAUAAAUAUAUUUAGGUUUUUCAAUUGGUUAUAUAGGCAAUGUUUACGAUUAAUGGGAUACAAAGUACCGACGAGUCAAGUAUCGGCAGCUUGGUCGCAAGCGAAGAAAGGAGCUGUGGCCGGAGGAGCACCCGUACCGCCUGGAGGUGCUGGUUCGAGUUGGCCCACUAUUGCGUUUUUGGGAAUGUUGGUGUCUGCUCCCUAUAUUAUUAGUCGAUUUUUGCCAAAAUACGAAGAUAAAGGCGAUCCUGAAAAUUGGAAAUCCCCAGGCAUCCGAGCCAAAGCAGUUUUUGACUUCAUAGCCACGGCUCCGAAUGAAUUGACUGUACAAACGAACGAUAUGGUCCUACUGGCCCCAACAUAUAUCCAAGAAGAGAUGAAUCUCAAAAAUUCCGGAUGGGCCUUUGCCGUAUGUAAAGCCAAGUCGGGCUUAGUGCCACUUAAUUACCUCGUGAUAAGCAAGAAUAGACCUAUUUUACAUACGAAAACCGAAGAUCCUCCUAUACCAAGGGUGUUUCCUAAAACCCAUCAAAAGAGGGUUAGUUUUGGAGAAAACCAGAUAUUCGAAAACGUAGACUUGGAUGACUACGUAUUGAAAAAAGAAACCGAACCAAGUCAGUCUAGUCAAGAGACAGUGAAGCCGGAACCAGUUAAAACGGAAAAUUUAAAUACAGAAGACAAAGAGAAGACUUAAAUCAAGAACUGAUUAGUAAUUUGGGUAUUACUUACGUUUUUAUAAUAUUUUAUACGCAAAUAAUGGUAACGGUGUCCGGAUUCGCCUUAAUAUUUAAUACACCUCCUCUUUAGUUAGACCUAUGCCAAUUUAUAAAUUAAUAUUACUUAAAAUGCUGAUUAAUAAAUAGCAUACAAUGCCA